AUAGGUGAAAACAGUAACGAACGACAAAGUGCAGUUUUGGUUGAUAGGAAUUUUGAACCUGGAGGAGUAUCUCUAGUCAAUCCUGCAAAAGUUUUCAAAAAGACACAUGUUGAGUUAAUGGAACUGGAUGAACAGUUAACCAAGGCAGAUACUUUUACAAAAGCAAAUGCAACGAACAAAUUGGAAAUCAUAGGUAGGCAGAUGAAGAAUUUGCAUGAAUUAAUGAAUGAAGUGAUAACUGAAACUAGGAUGAAUCAAGAAUUGAAUCACGUAGCAUGUAAUUUUGUGAAAAAACCUGGACACACAUAUCACCUAUAUCAAAGAUCUUCUGGACAGAAAUAUUUUAGUAUGCUCUCCCCUGAGGAAUGGAUAAAUGCUCCCCACAAUUUUCUAGGAAGUUAUCGUCUAGAGGCCGAUCACAGCUGGACUGCUGCAGGACAUGAAGAUGCAAGGCAAGAAGGACUGAAUUUUCUCAAAGAAAUCAUGAUGAAUCCACGAAUGAAAUAUCUUAUGGACACAAAUUGAUAAAAAAUUGAAAUUAAAGAGUAACAACUUUAUUGUUUUAUAAAAAUUAUUUUUUACAACAAAUGCACUUCAAUAAAAACAAUUUGAACACAUGGUACAGAAAUGACGAAACUUG